GUGGGCGGAGUUAUCGGCUGUACUUCGACAUAUUGAUAAAUAAAAUCAGUUGAGAUUAAAAAUUAAAAAAAAAAAUCCUAAUGUUAGAGGUUAAUCUGUCUAAAGUUUAUCUCAUUUUUGCCUUUAUUCUCAGAUUAUCUCAAAGAUAAAAGAGUUGUACAACAUUCAGGUAUUGUCACAUGCAAAGCAAAAAUCGUGUCCGUGCCUGUAAACAGUUCGCGCACGAACUUCAAAAUUUUAUAUUUUAAAGAAUUCUUUUACUUCCCUGCAAAUUUGAGACUGGCGUGUCUUAAUUAAAGAUGGCAUUCGGAAGCGCAUAUACUUCUCUAAAUUUACAGAAAUUAGAAAAUUCAGAACAAUUUAAAGGGUUAGAAAGGCUGCUAAGUAAGAACAAUUGGUUCAAGCCAGUUCUGGAUUAUACUGAAAAAUCAACAAGAGUUAAUCGGGUCUAUAUUGUAGUUGGUGCUAUAGCAUUGUCAUUCUUUACUUUGUUAUUUCAUUAUGGAAUUCAGAUGGUAUGUGCUGCAGUUGGCUUUCUGUAUCCAAGUUUUAAGACAAUCAAGGCCUUAGAAAAACCAGGAACUGAACCAGAAAAAAAGUGGCUAAUAUACUGGCUGUUAUUUUCUUCUGUCAAUUUUUUGGAAGUAUUUCUAUUUUUCCUUCAGUGGUUGCCAGGAUAUUGGAUUGUUAAGUGCAUGUUUCUGAUUUGGUGCUAUGCUCCUGUAUCAAAGAAUGGAUCAGAUAUCAUCUACGAAUUCUUAAUACAUCCUUUUUUCCAAAAAAAUCAAGAAGCUAUUGAUAACGCCAUUAAUCAAAUAGUUCGAACAACGUAUUCUGUAUAUACAAAUGCUGAGGGAAAUUCUACAGGUAAUUUACAUAUGCGCCAGCCAUAUCAGGGAACAGAUUCAUGAGGUCAGAGACAAAAUGAACUUUCAUCAGGACUUUGCUUGGGAGCAAUGUAGCUUUACAAAAUCUCUCACUUUUAUUUUUAUGUGUGUGUUAAUUCAUUAGUACAUUGGAUGUUCAUCAUACUUCAUUAUCUUAAUUAUACUGAGGAAAUAUAUAUAGUAUAUAUUUUAUAUAAUAAUUAUUUGUACAUUAAUUUACUGAUAAUUAUUUUUAUACACGAGAAAUAUAAAUCAUAAUUAAAGUCAAGAAAUUCAAUUUUUUAUCCUGUUUGUAUUAGAAAAAUGCCAUAUAAAUUGAAAGUGGCAUAAAAAAAUAUGCUACCUUGAUCUUAACAUCUAUCUCCACUUGAAAGUAGAAUGUUUUCUUUGCAUUUUGUAAUAUUUCCUUUUGUACCAUGUUUAUUUUACAUAAAUAUUGCACGAAAACAUUAAAAAAAAAUUUAAUGCA